AUGGCCCCCACAGCUGAACCUGAAGGGAAAUACUAUCCUACACGUUUCCGUGAACGGUUAUCUAUUCAAAAGAAAUACGACGACAUCUUUUCUUGUGUCGUCGAAAAAGCGCUUAUGGACACAUCACUUCGACCUGUUACGCCAUCUACGUUAAGAAAUAAGCUAAGGAAGCGCGCAUCAAGCGAGUGUCUUCCGGUGAAAACUCGCGUUCGCUUCGAUUCAGAGCGUUGCGUUCGCUACUCUUCUUCCAGUGAAGACAGCGGAAGAAGUUCCACUACCGAGCUAGAAGAUGAAGACAUUGUAAUUAUUGAGAAAGAACUGUCAAGUAUACAAUGUACCUGCGGCAGUUACGUUCAGACCCAUUCAAAACUUCAUGAACACAUCGUAACAGAGCAUUCUUCUUCUGCCUUUGCCUGUUGUCCUGAAUGUGGCGCACCUGAGGUAGUCCUACGUAACAAGUACUUGUGCAGAAUCUGCAAUGUGUAUUCGGAAAAUCUCGAAGAUCACCUACGGAUCCAUUACCAGGACAGAACCGGUGGUGGGGCUUUGAUGGAAUGUCGGACGUGUUACAAAACGUUCCAAACUGUUCAAGAAGUUCGACUCCACGAACAGUUCUCCCAUGGAACGCAACGGUCACGAACAGUUUCGAAACAUCUGUGCGACUACUGUGAACUAGAAUUUUCGUCAAAACAUCUUCGCGAUGUUCAUCUUGUUAGCCACUUUGACCGUGUUAUUGGCAGCGUUUGGGAACGCAUCGAACAAAUGCAAUGCGAGUACACUGAUCAGCGGCUGGUUAAUCAGUGUCCAAUCUGUUUUUCCGUCAUGGGUAGUCGAAAAAGCUUUAAACUACAUAUCAUUCAAAAACAUUUAACGAAAAAUCCAGAGUCAUUCAUGGAUAUCCUUAACAGGCCGUCUUUCAUGGAUAAAUUCCCUAGCGUGAAACAAGAUGCCAAAACUUUACCUAUCACUAACUCAGUGGAUUCUGUUCUUGUCAAGUUCGAACUAAAAGAAGAACCUAAAGAUUUAUGA